AUGUCUAAACGGGAAAUAGCUAACGAACUUCACAAGCCAGCAAGGAAAAAUUUCCCUAGGAGUAGAGUUAUCGUCUAUGGAAAAAAUGAUUUAUGGCAAGCUGACUUGGUUGAAAUGAUACCAUAUUCAAAGAUAAAUGGUGGUUAUAAAUAUAUACUGGUUGUGAUUGACGCUUUUACGAAAGUUUCUUGGGCUAAACCGUUAAAGUGUAAAUCGGGUAAAGAAGUUACUAGCGCGAUGGCUACAAUAUUACUUGAUCGUUCACCGAAACUUUUACAACUCGAUAACGGAAAAGAAUUUUAUAACACCACUUUCGACGCUUUGAUGACCAAGUAUGGCAUACACAAAUAUUCAACUUUCAGUAUUCUAAAGGCGAGCAUAGCAGAGAGGUUCAACCGUACUUUGAAAUGGAAAAUGUAUAAGGAGUUCACUGCCCGGGGGGUCACACGAAUGGGUUUCAAUGUUACCAAAGUUACUUGA